GAAAUCUUCCGGAAAUAAUUCUCUCUUCCUUGCUUGCUCCGGCGUCUUAUCUCUUCCCUCCCCAACCCCCGCGCAGCCUGGUGCGAUCUUCCUCUCCCAGCCAUCCAAUCCCCAAUUCCGCCUAAUCCAAUCUUAUCACCAAAUCAUUCGCCACUACUAGCAUGCUGCCAGCGCGCGGCGAUUACUGCGUCGCCGUCGCUGCACGCGGGAGCGAUCUUGCUGUUCCGGACAUAUAAAUAUCCUGACUUCCUGGUCGCUGUCUCCCGGGGAUUUGCUUCCGUUCCAGCCUGAUUGCGGGGCGAGAGAUUGGAGAAGCUGUUGGUUGCGUGGAAGGAUUUGGAGGAGUUUAGGAGGGUCUCCGAGGCGGGUUACGUACGGUGCCGGGAGUCCGUGGAGGAAGGAAGGUGAUUGCGUUCGGUGGCCGUGAUGGCGCCAACGACGCACUUCACGCCGUCGCAGGCGCACGCGGCGGCCACCUCCCACCACCCUGCCGCGGCGGCGGCGGCGGCCACGGCCACUGCCCGGCUGCAUGCGUCGGCGUCCGCGUCGGCGCCUGCCGCGGCGGCCGCGCUUUGCCCGCCCUUCCUCGCGGCGGGGUCCCACUCCGUGACGUGCCCGCCCGUCCAGAACCCGAUAUUUAGUGGCCCGGCCGCGCCGUGGGCGGUGCAGCCCCAGCGCGCCGCUGCUGGGGCCCUUGGCCCGGAGUUCAGGCGUGCGCGCUCCACCAAGAACAUCUCCAAGCGCAACAACCGUGGUGCAGGAGGCCAGGAACGCGGGGCGCGCGCGUCCUCAGCUGCUGCUGGGCGCUGUGUCGACAAGCUGCUCCGCGUUGCCCCUGAAGACCGGCGCGCGCUCGGCGCAUCGCUUUCCUCUUUCCGGGGAGAGCUGGUUGGUCCUGAUGAUUACUGCCAUGUCCUUCGGGAGCUCGGCGACAGGGACAAGUCUGCGCUCCGUGCGCUUGAGGUGUUCCACGCUGCACUGCCCCUUGUUGGCAAUGGCUCCGUCGAUAAGGGCAAGCUUUUGACCGCCGCAAUUGGUGCACUCGGCAAGAUGGGGCGACCAGACCUCGCAAGAAGAGGUUUUGAUUCUGGCAUUGCAGGGGGUUAUGGCAAAACGGUGUUUGCAUACUCAGCGCUCAUAUCAGCAUAUGCCAGGAGUGGUCUUGCGACCGAGGCCAUGGGGGUGCUUGAGUCGAUGAAGGGUGCAGGCUUGCGGCCUACCACAGUUACGUACAAUGCGGUGAUUGAUGCAUGUGGGAAAGGGGGUGUUGACCUCAGGUUCACGCUCGGAUAUUUUCGUCAGAUGCUACGGGAUGGGCUUUGUCCUGACCGGAAGACUUUCAAUUCACUUCUUUCUGCGUGUAGCCGCGCAGGGCACUUGGAGGAUGCCCGUGCUGUCUUUGAUGAAAUGAUCCAUCUUGGCAUUGGGCGUGACAUUUACACAUACAACACAUUUAUCGACGCAAUUUGCAAGUGUGGCAACAUAGAGCUUGCUAUGCAGGUUCUGCUGGAUAUGGAAGCGAAAAAGCUGAAGCCAAAUGUUGUUACAUACAGUACCCUGAUUGAUGGAUACUCCAAGCUGGAGAAGUAUGAGGAGGCACUCAAGUUGUACGAAAAGAUGAAGUCUUUGGGAAUUCGAUUGGACCGAGUUUGCUACAACACAGUGCUGGCUAUUUAUGUGAAGACCGGAAAGUAUGCCGAGAUUGCCAUUGUGUGUGACGAGAUGGAGGACUCUGGGAUUGAGAAGGAUACUGUCACUUACAAUUCUUUGAUUAAUGGAUAUGGAAAGCAGGGACGCUUGGACAUCGUCUCUUUCCUCGUCCAAGAUAUGAGGAGACGCGGGGUAGCUCCUAGUGUACUCACAUACUCAACUUUGAUAGAUAUCUAUUCAAAGGCAGGAAUGCAUGGUGAUGCAUUUAAUGUCUAUUUAGAUUUUAAGGAAUCUGGCCUAAAGGCCGAUGUUGUUCUGUUCAGCUCUUUCAUUGACACAUUGGCCAAGAAUGGAUUGGUAGAGUGGGCAUUAUCUUUGCUGAAUGAUAUGACUGAGAUGGGUAUCAAGCCAAAUGUGGUUACGUAUAACACAAUAAUUGAUGCAUUUGGCAAGUCUAAGGUACACGCUGAGGAGGAUCCUGAAGUUGGAGAGAUGGGCAUUGUUGGGGUUUAUAAUGGCCAGAUCAUAAGGGCUGCUAAUCCAGUGACAAGAGGACGCUCUGCCAUUGAUGUCCGGAUGAGGAGGUCUCAGGAAUUGUAUUUCAUUCUGGAAUUGUUUCAGAAGAUGGUCCAACAGGGUGUACGGCCAAAUGUUGUUACAUUUUCUGCGAUCCUGAAUGCGUGCAGUCGCUGUAAUAACUUUGAAGAUGCAGCCCUAUUACUGGAACAACUUCGCUUGUUUGAUAACUUUGUCUACGGCGUUGCGUAUGGGCUCCUUAUGGGUUACCAAGAAAUUUGGUCGCAAGCACAGUCCCUUUUUAAUCAGCUGGGACGCAUGGAUUCUCCAACAUCCUCUGCCUUUUACAAUGCUCUUACUGAUAUGCUAUGGCAUUUUGGCCAGAGGCAAGGAGCUCAGUUAAUUGUGCUCGAAGGGGUGAAUCGCCGUGUGUGGGAGAACACAUGGAGUGAGUUUUGCUUGGACCUGCACCUUAUGUCAUGUGGUGCAGCUCAAGCAAUGGUUCAUGCAUGGCUCCUGAAUGUGCGCUCUAUUGUCUUCGAAGGACGAGCUAUGCCUGAAUUUGUAAGCAUUCUGACAGGGUGGGGAAAGCAUAGCAAGAUUGCGGGCGCAAGCACUCUCCGUCACGUCAUCGAAGCACUGCUCAACUCAAUCGGAGCACCCUUUCAGGUUGAGCGAUUCAACAUUGGAAGGUUUGUGUCGCCCAGCGUCGUGGUGGCUGCCUGGUUGAAAGAAUCCGGCACCAUCAACACGAUACUCCUCAGCGACGAGCGUGCGCAGCGUGCAAGCCCAUCCAAUCUGGUGCCGAGGUUGGAGGCGCUGCAGUUGUAGCCCCUAGAGCACGGCAUACCCCUGUAGCAGCGUUGUCUGUAAGCUCCCCCGCUUCUCUUUAGUUUGUCUUCUGCCUUUCAGAAGACUGUGUAGUGUAUUAUAGGCUCGCCGAAUAGGAGCUUGUUUUGUUGUUGAAUCCUGUUGUUAAUUGGCAGUGUACCUUUCAAGUUCCAACUCCUUUCAUCAAGGUUGGGAAAAAGAAGUUUAAUGAGAAUCCA